AUGGCUGGGAUAGUUGGAGGAAGCAUCAAUUUGGAUGCACAGUAUUUAUGUCGAUACUGUGAUUCAAGGAUGGAUUUGGUUCCACAUGCUCUGAAGCUUUUAAACACCUGCACAUCUGUUGCUUCUCGUGCUGACAUCGAAAAUAUUUUGAAUGUUGGCAUUUGUAUUUUGCGUGGCUCACAAAAAAGAAGUGGAAAAAAGUUGUUGCACCGUAUUGAAUCAAUGAAGGCACAGGCACCCAAGGCCUGGUAUAAGCGAUUGUCAAAAUUUCUUCUUGAAAAUGGGUUCAAAAGAGGAAAAAUUGACAACACAUUGUUCUUAAAGUCAAGAGGAAAGGAGCUCCUGGUAGAGCAAGUCUACGUAGAUGAUAUCAUCUUUGGAACUACUACAAAUCCUUUGUGCAAAGAGUUUACAGCCUUGAUGAGCAGUGAAUUUGAAAUGAUCAUGAUGGGGGAACUAACCUUUUUCUUAGAGUUGCAAAUCAAACAGUCUCCCCAGGGUACGUCAAUCUAUCAGGAGAAGUACAUAAAGGAAUUGCUCAAGAAGUUCAGUAUGAAAGAGGCCAAAAUUAUUCAUACCCCAAUGAGAACUAAUGCAAAACUGGAUAAAGAUGAAGUUGGCACUGAUGUGAAUCAAACUAUGUAUAGGGUAAUAAUUGGAUCUUUUCUCUACCUCACUGCAAGUCGACCUGAUAUGAUCUUCAGCGUGGGAAUGUGUGACAGGUUUCAAGCUACUCCAAAAGAGUCACACCUGAAGGUAGCCAAGAUCUCCGUCCACAUUAGUUUUGGGGUUGGUCAGACUGAUGAAUCUAUCACAUCCCACAAUGAAGUGUUAGUAUCUCCUGUAAUCAACCCUGGGGAAAUCUUACCUUGUUCUCCAACUCUGGUUCUAUUAGACAAAUAUUCUCAAAAUUUUGAGGCCCAGUCGGUUGUGAAGCCUACCCUUAAGACACCCACUAAAGAUCUAGAAGUUGUGUCUCAACCAGGGGAUGUGUUAUCUACCAUGUCUGAAAGGUUGUUUGAAGGUGAUUUGCCUGAGGGUAAAGGUAUGGAAUCUAACAUACUAGCAACAGCUGAGGAAUUGGUGGUUGUACAAAGUCUGGCCUCUCUCAGAAGGGAUACUCAGCCAACGCUCUUAGAACAAGAAUGCAGAUCGCCUGAACGGGUCCAUCAUAGUGUUCAACCAGUGUUUGACCAAACCCUUGAAACCAUAGGGUUUACCAGUGAAGAAGAGGAUGAAGAAGAAACUCCUCUAGUUUGGUCUAGAAAAGGGGUUCGAGGAGAGAAUGCUUCAACCACGGUUAUCCCAAAUCUUGGAGAAACUGAAGUUGUACCUGAGACUAGAAUUGAGAAUGAGCAUACUGAGUCAGAAAAGAAAAGAAAAAGGAAAGGGAAAAGAAAAAUGGUGGAAUCUCCCACCAAAGCAGACAGAAAGAGAUACACAACAAGAGGGGUGGUACAAAAAUUACUUGGAGAUGCUCUGGUGGCAAACGAGGUACAAAUAGAGAGAAAUUGA